CAAUUCAGCGGCUCCCACAGAAAUUACUCUCAUCCCUACCAAUCUUUGUUAAUUUUUUUGCAUGUCUAUCUGUUCCCACAACAAUUAUUUAUAAAUUGACCCAUACAUCAUGCACUCUUGACUCUCCAAACAAGCUUAUCCAAUUCUCUUGAUUGUUUAAAGAUAUUCUUAUCCAUCGAUCAAUGGCACCAUCGGCUGCAAUGCUCAUACUCUCACAUCCCCUAAUUAGCCACAAAGCAACAAAUCAGUAUCCGUCGUCUCCCGCCGUUAAGUCGACACGUGUCUCCGGUAUUCUUUUGCCUUGGAAGGCGUCGGACGGUGAGGAUCGUUCCAAAGUUGGUCUCCGGCUCUUUGGUGAUCAAGAUACACUAGAGAAGCGUUUUCAAGAGGCUCUUGAACUUAGCUGCUGGUAAUUUGUACAAGAUCUUGUAAUUUUUUUUUUUCCUUGGAAAUGGAAGUUAUGUAAAAAUUUGAAGUGGAUUAUGUAUAAUUAAAGGUAAUUAUGGAAAAAUCAAACGACAACAACUAUCUCAAA